AUGGAGAAGAUGAAGCCGCGCGAUUACGUUGAGGCUGGAGGGGGGGCCGCGGGAAGUGCUGCAGGGCGUAAAGCCGGGAAAGUGGUGGGAGGUGCAGUUGGGUCUUUACUUGGUCCAGCGGGGACAGUGGUGGGAGGUGUAGUCGGGGGUAUAGCCGGGAGUGUAAUCGGGCGUCGACUGGGGACUAAAGUUGCACAGAAGUACAUGGGCAGUGAUGUGGAGGACUUGAAGAAGAAGGUGGAUGACUUGGAGAGGGAGAAUACCAGGCUGUUCGGUGAUAAGGACACACUCCAGAAGGAACUGAAGAAGAAGGUGGAUGAGUUGGAGCACACGAGGAGGGCAGCUCUAAUAUUCAUGGACGCUGCCGAUACUUACCAAGAAGCAGCAGAAAAACAAAUUAAGCAAAAGGUGGAAGAACUGAAGGACACAAGGAAGGCAGCUCUUGUGUUCAUGGACGCUGCCGAUACAUACCAAGAGGCAGCAGAGAAGCAAAUCAAGGCAAAGAUGGAGGAAAUAGAGGACGCAAGGAAGGCAGCUCUGGUGUUCAUGGACGCUGCCGAUACGUACCAAGAAGCAGCAGAGAAGCAAAUCAAGGCAAAGAUGGAGGAAGUAGAGAUCACAAGGAAGGCAGCUCUGGUGUUCAUGGACGCUGCCGAUACGUACCAAGAGGCAGCAGAAAAACAAAUUAAGAAAAAGGUGGAAGAACUGAAGGACAUAAGGAAGGCAGCUCUGGUGUUCAUGGACGCUGCCGAUACGUACCAAGAAGCAGCAGAGAAGCAAAUCAAGGCAAAGAGAGAGGAAUUGGAGGACACAAGGAAGGCAGCUCUGGUGUUCAUGGACGCUGCCGAUAGGUACCAAGAAGCAGCAGAAAAUCAAAUCAAGGCAAAGAGAGAGGAAUUGGAGGACACAAGAGAGGCAGCUCUGGUGUUCAUGAACGCUGCUGAUACAUACAAAGGAGAAGCAGAGAAGGAAAUUAUGGCAAAGAUGGAGGACUUGGAGGACACGAGGGAGGCGGCUCCGGCGUUCACAAGGGAGGUCCUGCACGUACCAUGUACAAUUAAAGGAGUAAAAAGAGGCAAAGGAGUAAGAAUUAAAGGUGAUGGGGAACAAGAAGACAGAACUAGAUGCGAGGUUUUAGUCACGGAGAAGAAAUAUAGCAUGUCUGAAGCAAAGGCUAAUAGGCUCAAGACAGAAUUGGGUGUGUUGGUGAUGGCGAAGGAAGCAACUACGAAGGUGUCUGCUACUGAAAUGUUAGAAAUAGUAAAGGAGUUGGAGGACCUCAAAAGGAAGGUGGAGAAAAUAAAGGCCAGAUUUGAUAAUGGGCAAAGAAGAUAA